AUGCCGUCAUCCAACACAAAGGCCCGAGCUGCCGCACUGGCACCAUCAAUACACCCCAGAAUCACCCAUCAUCGCCCGCCCUCCUCCUCCUCUCACAGCCCUGCCGCCUCUCCCCACGUCGACAUCCGCAUCACCAACCACUACGCCGCCAAGGUCUACACCACCGGCGCCGUCAUCACCGGCGAGGCCGUCCUACGCACCGCCCGCGACCUCCGCUUCGACCGCGUCGCCCUACAGCUCGUCGGCCUCGCCGCCACCCGCAACUACAUGGCCCCCGAGGUCGGCCAGGUCCUGCACCGCUUCCUGCUCCUCGACAUGCCCGCCGCCGACCUCGCCGCCGCCCUGCCCGCCGACCGCGUCCUCCGCGCCGGCCGCCCCUACGCCCUGCCCUUCCGCUUCGUCGUGCCCCGCCGGCUACCGCUCGGCGCCUGCGCGUCGGCGCGCCGCUGCGAGCACCCGGCCGUUAGGGAGCACCACCUGCGGCUGCCGCCGUCCGUAGGCGGUGCGGACGCGGCGGCCGUUUGGGGAGGUCGCGAUGACGGGAGUCCGGAGACGGCCCGCGUGCGGUACUGCGUGUGCGUGGCAGUCCUGCAGAGGUCUUUCGGCUGGGCCCCGGAUCUGGUACCGGUGCUGCGCGCACACCGUGAGGUCAACGUCCUGCCGGCGUACGCCGAGGACCCCCCGCUGGAUAUCCAGUCGGGCGGUGACAAGGCCGGCGAGUACAGGCUCGCGGCGUCCAAGACGCUGCGCAGGUCGCUGGUGACGCGGAGGCUGGGCGUCGUGGCCGUCGAGGCGGCGCAGCCCCCCGCCGCGGUCCUCUCCCCCGACGCGCGACGAGCGCAAUCGCCAGUGCGCGUCGUGCUGAAGCUCCGAUUCCGGCCCGCCGCUGAGCCAGACGAGGCGGUGGCGCCGCUGCUACCUGCCGUGCACGCGGUCGCGGCGAAGCUCGUCGCCCGGACAUACUACAGCACCUCGCACAUGGGCGCCUUCCCGGACCGCGAGCGGAAGGCCGAGCUCAACCACGGCCCGUCGCUGCACUACUCGGACACGAGCCGGGUGGCGAGCGCGCAGCUUGCCUGGGUCGAGGGCUGGCGGCAGGUGGCGGCGGCGGGCGAGUCGGUGGCGGCGCUGGAUGCCGUCUUCGAACUCCCCGUGGACGACAGGAAGAUGCUGCUGCCGACGUUUCACAGCUGCUUGCUGUCGCGGACGUACACGCUGCGGCUCGUGCUGACAGUCGGGCCCGGGCGGACGCGCAUCUCGCUGUCGCUGCCUCUGCAGAUUAUUGUUGAGGGUGGUCUGUCCAAGUCUUGCGAGGACGUCCCUGAAUGCGGGGAGGUGGAUGAUGUUGCGUUACCGAGGUACAAGGACCAUCUGUUUGUGCAACACCACUACGAUGAGUGUGAUACGCAUAUACCUCUUGGCAUUGGUUUAAUCAUGUAA